CGCCAGCUCUGCUCUGCUGCCACGGUACAGCGCGAGGGCCAGCGACAUACAUAUCCACGACCAUCACACGCUGUCCAAUUAGCUUUGAGCACAGCCCAUUGAUCGGAGGCGAGGCAUGCUACCUGCAUUCAGGUUAUCUGCGGCAGUAUCAUGGGAUCUCUCGUAAUAGACGCUGCGACCUCGUUCUUCAGUCAACAACAAUCACACCACGCCCAUCCUCACAUCUCGCCGAGCCAUCCCCAGCACGCCCUGUAUCGAGAAACGCCACGAACAGGGUCCACUUCGAAGCGGAGCCGCUCGCAAUCGAAUAGCGGCUCGGACCACAUGUCCGAACCGGCGCAGAGAGCACCAAGCUCGUCUGCAGCCCAGCGACAUAGCGAUCAUGUUCGAUCAGGAGAGCCACGAGCAGCGUCGCAGAGGAGUGCGCCACGCCCGCAAAGCCCGACUCUAGGUGCCAGCACGCUUCCUCCACCCCCGGCGGACGAGUCUCAGACAGACGCACAGACGGACAGCAUACACACCACGCCUAGCAGCAGAUCUUCCAGGCCGCGGAAGAUCAAAGUGCGAGACCUGGACCACAUCCGAACCUUUGCAAGCGAAAACAUGAGAGACUUCUCGGAAAUACGUAGCAGGAGUCGGUCACGUUCACGAGCAGCAGAAGACAACAGCCCCGAGUAUGAAAUCAGCGAGAUGAAGGUCGAACACAUUAUAGAAAUGGUGGCGGGCCUCCUCACCAAAAUCACCACCACGAAUGACAAGCAGCAUGAGCAUUUGCACCGAGCGCCGCCGUCCAUGAACGAAGCCUCACACCUCAAUCAACAGACGACGAGUGUGUUGGCGUUUCACGGCAAGAACGUGCCGAGCAUCACCAUCUUGAGUUACUUGAGCAGGAUCAAUAAGUACUGCCCUACUAGCUACGAAGUGUUCUUGAGCUUGCUGGUGUACUUUGACCGCAUGACGGAGCGGGUGAACGCAGGACCAAUGCAGUGUCUACAUCAGGCGAACCAGCAAGCGGUGAAGGCCAACGCGAAGGCGAGCAGAAGCGGUUCAGCAGAGUCGCUUGACCCAGACCGCAUGGAGGGGGUAAUAGCUGCCACUCCCAGCGGAACUCAGCAGGCGACUCCUCCGUACUCUGGUGGCCUGGAAAGGCCGUCAGAACGGGGCAUACCUGGUACACCCCACAGUCGGCCUAAUAAUCCAGAAGCAGAUUCACUCACGCCACCACCACCACCAUCUUCUACUGAGCCCUCGACACAUUUGGACAUGGAUCCGUUCAACUUGUCUCACUUCUUCGUUGUGGACAGUUUCAACAUUCACCGACUCGUCAUUGCCGGAGUGACGUGUGCUAGCAAGUUCUUUUCAGACAUCUUCUACACCAAUUCGAGAUAUGCAAAGGUUGGAGGUCUACCGUUGCCGGAGCUGAAUCAUCUGGAACUGCAAUUCUUGCUGUUGAACGACUUUCGAUUGAGUAUUCCCGUGGAAGAAAUUGAAGCUUACGGGACCAUGCUCGUGGAGUUUUACGCGAGAGAGGUCGUGGCGCAGAAGAGAGCUGCAGAGGCUGCAGCGAGCAUGAAUGAGAGGAGUCUCAGUGAAAGCUCUACAGAGAGCACUGCUACUGUCAGGGCUGUUGGAUAGGAUGCUGAUAGGCUCUGCCCCGAUCUAUCUCCCUCGAGGCUGAGGACGCCAUCGAAGCACGGGGGCAGUUGUUAUACACCAACCGAGGAUAUUGCAGUGACUGAGCUCCAUGCGUGCUCUCAGCCCUGCUUCGAGACGGCAGGCGUGGAGCAAGGACAACAUUUGCGAACCCGUGACGAACGACACGAUGGAGUCUGGACCAUGAUUGAUGCUGCGUUGGCGACGAGCCGUCUUUCUCUGCGACCAUCUUCUCUGCCCGGAUAGAACGAAUGACCUCGAAUGGAGACGACACUCGACUAGACCGCUUUGCGACUAUGCCAUAGACUUUUUCUGCCCUUCUGCCCUGAUCUGGACAAGACCAUUCGACACCCCCUCACACUUCAUUGCUUGAUUGUUUUUCUGCUUUGCAAGUAUACCCAAGAUUGUUUGCGGUGCCCCGAGCACUUUUGUUUUUUUGUUAGUAGCGUACGCGUGGAAAUGGAGCAUGUCUCUUCGUUUCGGUUUUGAGUGGAUACGAUGGCGGGCUGUCUCUUCUGCUCGUCCUGCUUCGUCUUCGUCUUUUUGGGAUGAUACAUGGGCAGGUCUGACUUCUUCGGUCGGUGGUGUGGGGAGAAGGAUCUGAUGGUGCAUGGAAUGACAUGACGUGGCGACAAUAUCGCUGUGCAUGGAUGCAUAGAUGGCGUCUUAAUAGGUGGUGCUGGGGCGUUUUGAGCACUUUAAUAAUAGAUUUCGGAUGAAGAAUGAGCGUGUGUGUGCUGUU